CAGCAUCGUGAUUCUCCGGAACCACAGCAACCCCGUGGUCGCCCCCAUCCGCUCAGCCUGUCGGCAUGUGGUGGCGCGACACACGACCUAGCAGGGGGGGGUCAUCCCGGCUGCAUAACUGCUUCUUCCUCCAAUAAAGCAACGAAACCCACUUCCGUUACCAAGCAAUACCUGCGAGAUUUAGAAAGUCUGCUACAGACGCUCCAACAGUCCCAGAUACACUACAUCAAGUGUUUCAAACCGUAUGGAUUGCAUAUAUGUCGGGGUCUGGAAAUCUGUGAUGCUGAAUUGUGCAUGAUUGAAGCGCUUGCAAUGGCAGCCAGGCAUGACAAGUUUGAAAGACGCCUGCUGAUGCCUACCACGCGUCACAAAUUGCGUUUUUGCAUGGCAAAGCAAGUGCAAGCUCCUCUUUAUUUGCUCCUCUUGCAACACAGAUUUUCCAGGAAUUAUGCAAGACACGCAUCACAAGUUCCACUGUCCCAGACCCAGACGUCAUUCCAUUUCAUAAACCGAAUCUGGAGGCGAAACCGAGAAAAUUUGACGACAAUGUCACUCUUCUGCAGUUGAAGCAGUCAGGAACUCUGGAAUUAAUUCCUCUGAUGAAAAAUGGUUGGCCGUUCCGGGUGAAUUACGCAAGUAUAAUGGAGAAACUUGUUGGUAAGAUAUCAACCUCCGAAGAAGAACAAGCAGGGUCGUCUUCUUUGGAGAGUGGAGGUACUGAUCUUCUCCAGUGUGACAGAUCAAAAACCUGCUCCUUUGGACCAGAACUGGAGCAGGAUCCCAGAUUACUCGUGGAGGCCUUGAUGUCGACGAAGCUGAUUGCCGAGUUGUUUGUUUCGGAAGUGGUGGAUGAAGGAGAAAAAGUUGCUAGCAUGCAAAAAGGCGACGCAAGCUCCUGUGCGAUGAGCCAAAAACAGCGUUCUAGGACGAUUUCAUGUAAUAAAAACAGCAACGAUUUCUUCAAACUGGGUAUUUCCAAGCUGUUCCUGAAGUCCGGGCUUUUACAAGAGAAAAUCCUGCACGCGAUAGCAAACGCGGAUAAAUCAACCUUGCAGCGACAGAUCAAGCACUUUGUGCUGCGGAAAAAAUUCCGCCGCUGCGUUUUCGCGGUGCAAUUUUGCUUGUAUUGUGAAAGGAAGUUGCUGCGCGAAAUCCGGGUCCGCAAAUUGCUUCACAAGCUGCAGACUAUGGCGCGAAACCUGCUCCGGAUUCACAAGUGGUGCGAACGGAUCCGGAGAAAAUUCCGGCAAGAGCGGGCGAGGAAAUGCACGAGAAUGUUGCGUGCGUGCGUGAAAACACUGUUAAUCCCUUUACUCUUCCGUUGGGCUAAGAAAGCGAAGCACAAAGUUUCGGUCAGGAACAACUGCUACCACUGGUUUUGGCUGGUCGGGUUCGUGUUACGCGUGAAGCUGGUCAAGAGACAGGGGUGCUGUUUUCAGGAAAAGCUACAGCAAAUUCGGGAGCGGAUCCGGUUGAAAAGGGAAUUGGAGCUAGAGAGGAAACAGUUAGAGUUGGAGAAACGGGAAGCGGAACUUGUUCUCAUGCGGGGCCGCAAUAGAGCUGAAGUUGCAGGAGAAAAAACCACUUGCGCUUCAGCUUCUGCGCAGCACCCCGACCAGAUGCCUCCUGCAGUUGUUUCCACUGCUGCAGUUGCAGCAGAAUCCUCCUCCACUGUCUCAGCG